CAUUAAUUCAAACGUCAUAACCAGUGAAGUGAACGGAAAUAAAUAAUUGAACUGUGAAGUGAAAGUGCUGGUUUGAAAAGAAAACAAACAUUUGGCGCCUGUUUUAUUGGAUAAAAAAUGAUUCGUAAAGAAUCAAGCAAUGACUCUUAUCCUAAAGUUUCUUCAAGCCAUUUGUUUUCUGAAGGAUUAAGUGAAAAAUCACUUUUAGAAGAGUUUGAGUUACCUAACAGUCUUGAAGAACUUAAGUCAAUUGUGCUAAAGUUAAACAAAGAAAAUCCUUCUACGUAUACCUUAUUUAAGGGAAAGUAUCAAGUAUUGAUGCUUAAUUCCUUAUUUAAAUGGCAUAAACCUUUUGGAGAGCUACUUGAACAAGCAUUAGUAAUUUGUGGGGCCAAGCCAAAGAAAAUUUCAGAAACUGAAAGUAAUCGUGAUGAGGUGUUUUCAGAAGAUGCUGGGUCACCUUUGGCAUUACAGUUUGAUUCUCUUUUGCAAUUGAAUUUGAGAGAGAUUGCUAUCAUCACUUUGAAGGAGCUAACAGAAAAUCAUUUCCUUUAUCCAUUGUCUGAAAAUAUAGGAAGAAAGCUUUUAUCAUUGUUCAAUUCCAUUGAAGAAGAAAGUGUGAAACGACUACCAAUUCUUGUUGUUUGUCACGAUGGGCAUUCCAAACCUUCGUCCUUUUUUGGAUCAUGGAAGGAAAACAAAAAUGCAAGAUUCCACAUGUUCAAUAAAGGUUCAAUUACUAAGCAAGAACAAUUACCAAAACUAUCUGUGUUAAAAGACAUUCAUCUGAAAGGAUUUCCACCUUCAUUCUCGAAUAUAGAAAUAUCGGUAUAUGCUCGCUAUGAUUUUAUUGAAUAUGAGUGUGAAGAAAAUGCUGCAUUGAAACCUGUUGAAGAUGUAAAUUUAUUUGUGGAAUGUUCAUGGCUUAAUUCCAGAUCAAUUCUUGAACCUCUUACUGACGAAUGUCAGUGUUUUGCAAGGCUAAAGGCUAUCAGUGGAAAUUUCGACUCAGGGGCUUUCUCUUUAUUUAAAGAAAUCAAGCUUGUUGAGGCUUUACAUCAAAGUCUUGAAAAUGGAAUGAUGGCUUGGCCUGCUCCUGAAAGAAACAGGAAUAUACUUCAGGAAAUCGAGGAAUUCAUUAAAAGUGAAAAAUUGAUUCUAAUGAAGAAUAAUAAACCUGCACCUGUGCCUGUUGCUGAAAUGAAAGAUCCCGACUUAGGUUUAAUACUUGAACAGGCUUUGAUAAAAGGACGGACAGAGUUAGAUUUCACAGAAAAGCUUUGGAACAUUUUGAAAGACUGCUCAUCAACUGAAGAAUUGACAGAUGCUUUUAGUAUUUUUUAUAAUGAAUUGGGGAAUUUCUUUGUCCGUCCAUUUGUACAUCACAAAAAUAACUCUACUGUUGCCCAGUUAAUAAAAACAAUGAUGGAGAAGGCAGUUGUGUGCCCAAAUUUGGAAUCUCAGUUGGUUUUAAAAUUAUUGCUAGAAAUAGGAGUUGAAAAAUUGAGAAGGGAUUAUGUUGCUAUUUUUUUCAGUUUAGAAUUAAUUCCACUUGAAUGUCUCAGUUAUUAUCUACAACCAUCACUCCUUUCUUUGGAAGCCAUUACCUGCUUAAGGAAACUGCAUUCUGUUGUGGAAUCAACGAUUGUGUGCGUCAAAAUUUUAAAUCUUUCAAAACGACUUUUAAGCACGUUUGUGAGAAAUUCUCUGAAAUAUUAUGCUACAGUUCCUGAUAUCGAUCUUCAACAUGUGUUUAAUUUUCAAAUUCCCACUGAUAAAGCUCGGCAGUUACUUAAUCCGAUGCGACCUACUAUCUGGGAACUUUCUCUUACAAGUUCUCUGAAUGGAUUUCUGAAGCAAAGCAUACAUCGUUAUCAAACAACACCUGUGCAUGAUCAUAUAUAUGCUCCUAAAAACAUCAGUCCAAAUAUAAUGUUAAAAAAUGCUUCCUAUACAUAUCUGACAUCUGUUUUUGUCCAAGACGAUUUGCUGUGAUCCAGAUAAUGAAGGAAAAAGAUGAGAACUUCAUUUACUGAUCAAUAAAAAAAAACGUCUGAUGGGGGAAUCAGUCUUUCCAAAGCUGCGCUGGGACCAGCCUAUAUUUAACCAUAGAAAAAUCACUACGCAUUCUUAUCUUCUCCUUUUCUAUCUACAUAUAUUUCUCUUAACUUUAUUCAUUUCGGAUUCAUAUUUAACUGAAGAAAGUACUUUUAGUUUAACAUAUGGUAUACUGAAAAUUUUGUUUGUUUGUUUAAAAGUUGUUUUGCAUAACAGAAGAUAAUAAACCUGUUUUUAAGGAUU